AUGAAGAAGGCUAGAGCGGUUCAUUUACUCUUCCGUAUAUUUUACGCUUCAUUCUUCACCGUAUUGAACAUCGCCCUAUUCGCAUUGCUUCUUAUCACACCCGGUGAUGCCAUUCGACAAGCACUCAGCAACAAGCAACUCUACAACGUUUUUGUGGUCGCAGGAUGUUAUCUUCUCACUGUUGUACUCGCUAUUUUAAUAUACGCCUCGAGGCUCUAUACGAAUCGAACUGUUCUGGCAGCAAUACCCAAGACAUGGAUACCAAUAGAGAAGGGAGAGGUCAACAAGAAGGUUCGGAAGAUGAUCGUCGCUAGUCUCAACAGGAAUGCUGUGAUUGCUUGGGACGCCCGGCCUCGUGUGGAACCACAGCCGACGGCAGUGGUAUCUGAUCCGGAGAAGCGAGAUCCUGUCGCUAGAUCCUCCGAUCUCGAAGGGUACGGGACCAAGAAGUCGGGUUUGCUACACAAACGAACGAAGGAUACUGAAAAGGAGGACCAUACCGUUGUAAUACCACCCGCACAACCCGUGUGGGGGGAGAUCUCGCAUAAAGGAUGGGCAUCUCCUACAUCAUCCGAUUUGCCUAACCUACAGUUCACGACAGUAAUACUCGAGCUUCCCCAUCUCAUCGAGGCCAAGGCCGUAUCUUUGGCUCCAGCGGACCCCAAAUCUUCCGCGGAACGAGUAACGCCUAAUUUUGAAGCUGUUCAAAUUCUGCAAAGACCGGCUUCUAUGGGAUUACGAGAUUAUAUCAGUCAUCUUAUAAGUAUCAACGUAAUCAGUACGCCUUCCGUCGCCGCAGAAUUCAUCGACAAGUAUGAAUAUGCGAGAUUUGGCACCAAAGCGCUAGAAGAGGAACGAUUUCGAGACUUGAUGAAGCAAUUUGCUGAAAUACUACGCGGUAUGGUGGCUCUCAGUCCGGCUAUUUUGUUAGAAUUUGAUGAGGAACCGGAAAGCGAUAUUGACGAUGAUGCUACCUCCAGUCCAACUCCCGUGACACCUCGCAGCCGAUCCAUCGCAUCUUCCUACAGGGCCAUCAGCCGGAGCGGAAGCGAAGGCACCAUCCACACGGCACCAUCUCGACAACUCCAAACCAACAGAACCACGCCCACCAAGAGCUUCGGCUUCACUACCGCACCCGCCACACCACGCAGUAAGAAGCGUGCUAUCUCAAGGACACCGAGUGCGAACAGCUUCGCCCAAAGUCGGAGACCAUACACAAAUAGCAGUGCCUCCAACGACAGUCUCAGGUCCACGAGCCAGGGAAGUGUAAUUAAACUCAGCAUGACGAAUGAGGAGGGUCGUCUUCCUUAUACCCUGAACAUACCUACUUCAUAA